AUGCUUGAUUUCAGUGCCGGAGUGGCGGGCCUUACGACUGCUCUUCUCCUCUCGAGGCUUCCAGGAUACAAGAUAGUCGUUGCGGCGAAACAUAUGCCUGGAGAUUACGACAUCGAAUAUGCUUCACCGUGGGCCGGCGCAAAUUAUAUGCCUAUGUCGACUCGUGGCACCAAGGCAGCAGACUGGGACAAGUCCACAUGGACGGCGUUGGAGGAUCUAGCACGCAAUCACCCUGAUGCUGGGAUACACUUCCAAGAAUGCGAAAUACACAGCCGUUCGAAAGAUGUUGGUACGACAACCGCAAAAUGGUUUGGAGAGCUUUUAUCACCGAGCCCGUGGUUCAAGGACGUUGUUCCAAAUUUUCGCGCCCUUCCCAAGAGUCGACAUGGCCCUGGCUUUGAUGCUGCCACAGUCUUCACGUCCGUCUGCAUCAAUACUGCUAUAUACCUUCCCUGGCUCGUUUCCCAGUGUCUGAAAAAUGGAGUUGUAUUCAAGCGAGCUGUUUUCAAUCACAUAUUGGACGCAACCUCCCUAUCGAUUCACCUGGAACACAAGGUCGACCUCAUUGUGAACUGCACAGGCCUUAUGGCUUCCAAACUGGGUGGAGUUGAAGAUAAAACCGUUGUACCCGCCCGUGGACAGAUCGUGAUAGUCAGAAACGAAGCUGGUAAGAUGCUGGAUGUCUCCGGCACUGACGACGGUGAUGGUGAAGCAUGCUACGUUAUGACGCGCGCUGCUGGCGGGGGUACAAUUCUGGGUGGCUCGUAUCAGUUGGGAAACUGGGAAUCACAGCCGGAUCCCAAUCUUGCCGUGCGCAUUAUGAAGCGCGCUGUUAACAUGUGUCCUCAACUUACGGGCGGGAAGGGAAUCGAGAGCCUUGAUAUCAUUCGACACGGUGUGGGCCUGAGACCUGUGCGGGCGAAUGGGACAAGAAUUGAGAAAGAACGCAUAGGAGACACUUGGGUGGUACACAACUAUGGUGCUGGAGGAGCUGGAUAUCAGUCAUCUUAUGGAUGCGCUCAGGCUGCUGUGAACCUCGUAGAGGAGGCUUUGGCGAGCCGCGCAAAGCUGUGA